UGUGCGAAGGACAGCUUGGCAGUGGCUCGCCUUUUUGUGCUCUGGUUUUGAAGCUGUGGAUGGACCUAGAGCUGCGGCUACUGCUUGCUGACCUUAUGUACUAGACAUGCUAACUCGCAUCGCAAGGGGUUGUUGUGACGGGCCCCGGUUGUGUCUGCCGGAGAGGAUCUAAUUCGAAAUGAAGGUUUGCGGAAGGGUGUUGUGGAGAUGCGGAGAUGCUGCAGAAGUACAGUACAUGUGGUACUUGUUUGUGCUGUCAGUAUCGUCUGGGUUGAGUGCAUUACCUGUGCAGGACGAGGGAGGGAAAAGCACUGGGCUGGGCCCAGAGCUGACAGAUACCAAACCUACUGCACGGUAUGAAGUAACAAUACCUCAAUGGCUAACACCUGAUGGUGGUCUGAAGAAAUUCAAGGCAGAUGAGGUUCCUUUCAGAGCUGCCAUCAAGUUAACAGCAGAAGGCAAAGAUCUCAUUUUGGACAUUGAAAGGAACAAGGACCUGUUUGCACCAGGCUAUACUGAAACUCAUUACAGUAGUACUGGCAUUCCAAAAACCACUGCUCCUAAUUAUCUUAACCACUGCUUUUACCAUGGCACUGUGCGAGAAAUUAAACAAUCUGGUGUCGUACUGAGCACUUGCCAGGGAUUACGUGGGCUGAUUAUGCUAGACAGCAAUCAAAGUUAUGUGAUAGAACCCCUGGGAGAAGACUUGGACCAGCAUCUGAUCUACAAAGCUGAACAUCUGGAAAUUAAAAAAGGGACUUGUGGGCAUGAACUUUCCAAUGGACAUUCAGAGAUCUGGAAUUCAUAUUUUGCUAAACCUCUUGGGUUUGUACAUAACCGGAUUAAAAGAGAUGGCAUUCAGAGAAUGAAAUAUGUUGAACUUCUACUUGUUGCAGAUUAUGCUGAGUUUCAGAAAGAGAAUGGUUUAACAAAAACUAAGAUGAAAAUGCUGGAAGUUGCAAAUUAUCUGGAUAAGUUUUACAGAUCUCUUAAUGUUAGGGUUGCACUAAUUGGUCUUGAAAUCUGGAAUGAAGGAAAUAGAUGUAAUGUAUCAGAAAGUCCAUAUUCUACAUUGUCUUCUUUCUUAACCUGGAGGCAGAAGAUACUGCAUGAAAAAAGGCAUGAUAAUGCUCAAUUAAUUACGGGUGUACGUUUCACUGGCCAUACAAUUGGAUUGGCUCCUUUAAUGACCAUGUGUUCUGAUUUUCAGUCUGGAGGUGUGAAUCAGGAUCAUUCAGAAAAUGCUAUUGGAGUAGCUGCCACUGUAGCCCAUGAGAUGGGCCAUAACUUUGGGAUGAGCCAUGAUGCCAUGGGCUGCUGUACUGCUGACCCUUCUGAUGGAGGGUGUAUAAUGGCAGCUGCAACUGGGCAUCCAUUCCCCAAAGUAUUUAAUGAGUGCAAUAAAAAGGAUCUUCAAAUCUACCUCAGUAAAAGUGGAGGAAUGUGUCUCUUUAACCUGCCCGAUACUCGCCAAAUGAUUAUGGAGCAGAGAUGUGGCAAUGGAUACUUGGAGGAAGGAGAAGAGUGUGACUGCGGGGAAGUAGAGGAAUGUACCAGCCCCUGCUGUAAUGCCAACAACUGUACAUUAAAAAUGGGUGCAGAAUGUGCAGAUGGAAUAUGCUGUCAUAACUGCAAGCUGAAAACACCUGGAACAUUGUGUAGAGAACCUUCUGGGCCAUGUGACCUCCCUGAGUACUGUACUGGCACAUCAGAGUUCUGUCCAGCUAAUUGUUAUCAACUGGAUGGCUCUCCUUGCUUGAAUGGACUUGCUUACUGCUACAGUGGCAUGUGUCAGACAUUUGAGUUGCAGUGUUCACAGCUAUGGGGAACAGGGGCAAAACCAGCACCAGAUAUUUGCUUCAAAGAGGUGAAUGUUGCUGGUGACAUAUAUGGAAACUGUGGAAAAGAUGAACAAGGCAACUACAGGAAAUGUGAGAACAGGGAUGUCAAAUGUGGAAAGAUACAGUGUCAGAGUUUGGCAGACAAACCCAAAGAGAGGAAUGCAGUUUCAAUUGAUACACAUAUUCCACUGGAGGGUCGGAAAAUAAAGUGCCGUGGUACCUAUGUUUACCAAGCAAGCGAAGCAUCAGAUAUUGUAGAUCCAGGACUUGUGAAAACUGGAACAAAAUGUGGAGAUGCCAGCAUCUGUAUUGAAGGUUCUUGCAGAAAUUCUUCCUUUCUUCAGAUUGAGGAGUGCUUAAUAAAAUGUCAUGGUCAUGGGAUUUGCAAUAACAAUAAAAAGUGCCACUGUGACCCUGGCUGGGCACCACCCUUCUGCAAUACUCCAGGAAAUGGAGGCAGUGUUGACAGUGGACCUGUGCCUUCUGAUGGUAUCUCUUCAGCUGCUGUUGGAAUUACUAUUGCAGUCCUUUUUGUGGCUUCUAUAACUGUUGCUAGUAUAUUCUUCCUGUACAAGCACAGAAGCAGAAUCUCAGUGUUAAAGAGAUGUACACAACCUCAGGAAAACCAGUUCAGUGAGGGAACUUCAGAGCCAAAUGCCUCCAAUGGCCAUUCUAAUCCUGUCUUCCAAAACAAAGUUAAAGAUGGCAUAAGGAAGGCUUUCCAGACUCAUAAUACACCAUUAUUGAAACCUACAACAAAUGCUACUCUCCAAGCAGAAAGCAAACUGGGAAACAUCUCACCAAGGCCAGGAACUUCGUCAGACAUUCUACCUACAAGUUCUGGAACACCAAGAUGCAGUCCUCCAAGAAGACCACCACCACCACCUCCAAAGUUAGCAGUAAAGAAUUGCCAGCAGCCUAGAACAGAUGACAUUACCUCCCCUGGAAGGUCUAAUGUGUGCAAUAAACCAGCAUCUACUGACUGGCCAAGAAAGGUGCUGCCACGUAUUCCUCAGGCAACCAAAGAAACAUAUAGUGCCUAACCUGUUGUCAAGCCAGGUAAAGACAUGUGACCUGAAUACAGCUACAACGAACUGCCAGGAAGCAUUACAGAGUGAAUUGACUAAGCAAUCUCAAAAGGAAAAAUAUUUGCACUAUUAAGAUUUAAUGGCUGGAACGUUGAUUUCUUUGGAAUGGACUUUAGCCUUAUUUUAACUGGAAAUAUGUUUUAAUAUGGUGAAUUUCCCAAAUCCCUUAUUUCACUGUGGUUUCCGAAAAUGAGAAUUUAUCAUUUCCAAAACAUCCAAGCCUUAAAAGACAAGACUCUGUUGACACAUACUUUGAUACUCUAAACAUGACAACAUGGAAAUUAGAAAAAAAACAACUUUUAAUUACCACAAGGUACCUUACUAAAACUUCAUAAUGUGAAGUGCUAUGCAGUUUGACUUUUUUGCUUUAUACAUACAUAUAUAUAUAUAUA